GCGUCGUUGUAAAAAAUGACUUUUGGGCCGAGGGUGUGUUUUUGUUGUCGUUUAAAAGUUCACUCGAUGACUCCCGGUCUGGCAACCUGCUUGAUGACAUCACGACUAAUGAGUGAGAGUGCGAUGAGGAGAGCGUUCCCAGCGUGAGGAGGCCAUGGGCUGCACCUCGGCCAAGCAGGUGUCGGCCGUGCCCAACGAUGACGAGGGCCGUGGCAAGGCCUACAGCAACGGGGACCUCUUUGCCGAUGAAUACAAGGCGAAGGGAGUGGAGGAGGUGAAGUACAUGAGAGGCGAGGAAAACCGGGUCAAUGUGCGCAACCAGGAGAACUUGGAGAGAAGUAACACGCCGCAAAGUGGCAAGUUCCAGAAAGAGAUGGCGGCAAAUAUUAAGUCAAACAUUCACACGUCAGAGAGCCAGCAGGAAUUCUUCCGGAUGCUGGAUGAGAAGAUUGAGAAGGGACGUGACUACUGCUCGGAGGAAGAGGAAGAGGAGGGGUCAUAGCACAGAGGGCCCCCCCACCAACCCACCAACACCCCCACCCUCCUCAGACAUCACACCAACUGAGACCCUCACAGUGUGUAUGCGUAGUGAGAGCGUGUGAGGUCAAUCAGUAUUUUACCAGCAGGGGGCGUGCACGUGCGGGAGAUGGCAAAGGAAGUAUUUGAACUUUAAAGGACCAAGGUGGGACAAAAGGACAUCUUUUUCUGCCCCCAAACCCCGGGCCGGGACCCUGAGUGCACUGAUGGGUGAAAGGACCGAGCGAAUGGGGGACAAAUAUUCUCAAAUGUGGCGGCCCACGCAGUUGAAGAAGAAUUUCGGAACAUCACGCAGAACUUUGUUGCUGGACAAGCCGGACGGAAAGAGUUUGUGAUAUUUUAAUAAGAGGCAGAAGUCCGCUACCUUAUUGUCCCCCCCACCCCCUUUUUUUUUUUUUUUUUUGGAACACUUGUAAAUUAUCAACAUGGAGCAUAUUACUGCUGCCUCAUCCUCCCUCAACACAAACACACACGCACACACACUUUCAGUUCACCAGUGACAUUCAAGCCAGCUUCUUUUCUUUUGGUCAUUUUAGAGCGUACACACACACACACAUUCGCACACACACGCUCGCUCGCACACUCAGGCACUGUAGCAAAUUAACAACUGAAGAGGGAGGAUGAGGAUCAGGAGGAUGAGGAUCAGGAGGAUGAAGCGAAAGCGCGCUUGCUGUGGAGAUGCAGACCCGAUUACCUUUCUGUUCUUUUGUUUACCGGAGAUUUCCUUGUUAUAUUAUUUGUAUAUGUUUUUUUUACUAUUAAAAUUAAAAUGGCAAAGCUUGUA